AUGAACAAAACGGAGUGUUUCCCCCCUCUGCAAAAUGACGUUGUUUUGCGCGCUGCCAGGGGCCUGGAGGUUCCCUACACUCCGGUCUGGAUCAUGCGUCAGGCCGGCCGUUACCUACCGGAAUUUCGGGCUGUCAGACAGAGGCACGGAUUUUUUGACAUUUGUCGUUCUCCUGAGCUAGCCUGUGAGAUAACUCUCCAGCCUGUAAAAAGGUUCAAUCUGGAUGCGGCAAUCAUUUUUUCCGAUAUUCUUGUCAUUCCGCAGGUUAGUUUUUCAUUUUCGGUUUGCGUCCAAGUCAUCUAUGUUGCCGUCUGUAUCUGCCUUAUUGAGGCCGGACAGCUUUGCCGUUUUUACACUGGGUUAAAAUUUUCUGUACAUGUCAACUCCUUGUUCUGUUAAAAGGAGACUAUCCCAGAGCAUUAGCACAUAGUGUCGGUUGUAGUUAUUGAGUCUGGUAUAUGUGGGGCACGCGUAGACGGGCUGUUUAGCUUUGCCAAUCCCUUCACUCGUUGGUUGGCAGCCUCGGACACCCAACUGGUGGAUGGAGAGGAGAGAGAGAGAGAUCGACACUGGGGAAUCCAUCUUUACGGCACAUCUACGUGUUCCUCACUGUGUUAAACCUGACGGGUUUCGAAACUAUCACGACGCGUUAGGAGUCGCGACUGGGAAGUUUGCCAACUCACGAUAUAACGCGGUCCUUCGGAGGAUUGACAGUCAGGCCAAAGUGGCUCGUUCGUAAGAUAGCCUUUAUGACGUUCCCACGAAUGUGAGAUUUGAACCGCCCUUGCAACAGUCCGACACACGCAGUGGGGACCAGAUCGUGUGUGUUGCACGCGUAGACGGACUGCUUGGCAUUGCUAGCCAUUGCGUCAAAUCCCUGUUUUUCACUGAUUGAUAGGCUCGGACAGUCGGUUGGUGGAUAAAAGAGCGAAGAGAGAGUCUCUCCGACACCGGAAAAUCCGUAUUAUUCACGGCACCUCGGUGCGCCCCUUACUGUGACAAAUGCGAUACGCAUGGAAAUUAUCACGUUCGUCUAACUUUGUCAGCCUCUGCGUCCGCGCCCACCUCCGGUCGUCUGGACAGUCUUGCGACCGGAGUCCACUGUGUGGGGGAGGGGGUGGAGAGAGUGCGAUAGGCACUGCACAAGUCUGCUUCACAAUAAACUAAUUCAGGGGCAAUUCGCCGUCGCCGCGCCCGCCCCCUCGGGUACACGGUUUACGUAGAUUACGACGGUCGAACUGUCGCUACGGUUUUUAGAUUGGCCGGUCUUUUUCAGUCACGAUACACAAACAAGGGAGGAAGAAGCGGCGUUCACUGAAGUACUUUCCAGACGUCUGCAAUUUCAUGGGGCAAGUUAGGCUUCUUCGUCAAUUACGGUUUUGUCGAUCCUGCUGUUCGCGUUACAAAUCAUAAAUAUUUAUGGGGGGGGAGGGGGGGAGGGCACAGGCAAUACAUCCAGUAUUGUCCGGCGUGCGGGUAGGACCCUAACCUGUGAGUUGCCUUCACUGAGGGCCAUCCCGUUGAUGCGCAGAGUUGUCCGUGCCUCGAAUAACAGACAGGUCCUGUCUCCCUGUCAAGGCAUUUUUGUCCGUACAUGCGGAGUGAGACCGAGUGUUCUUCCAAAUGCGAGUCUUAGCUAUUGGGAGGCUUCUACUGCAUCUUUCGAUGCUUUCAAUAAGAACCUCAGUAUCAGCAGACUUUAAAGGACUCGAGGUUCUCUGUAAGAAUACCCACCUCAACCUAAAAACUACAUCGAUUUGCCUACGGGCCUAUUUCUACGAAGAUCUUGCGUCUCAGUGGUGCUGAACGAGGACUGUAGGAGAUCAAGGACUCCAAAUUGGACUAGCUGACUUAAUUUUGAUGGAGUUAAAAACCGCCCUUGUUGCUUUUUGCAACCGACAUGACGCCAACGUCCUCAUCCAGGGCUCUAAUACAUCCGGGUCGUGGAUAUACAUUUGCGCAUUUUCUGCUAACCAUACAGACAAACCUUGCCUGUUGGUGCCUUUUUUUAAAUUAGACAGACUGACUGUUACUUAUUUUGGUAACCGUUUACUUCAUUUCAAUCUACAGGCGCUAGGUAUGAAUGUUGUAAUGACCCCCGGUGUGGGCCCUCAGCUGCCAGAGCCUCUGCAGUCUGGGGACGAUCUGGAUCGGUUAGAUUGCAGCGUGGACGUGGCAACCGCUCUGAAGUAUGUUUACGAGGCCAUCACGCUGACACGACACAGGCUGGGGGGCCAGGUCCCGCUGAUUGGAUUCUCGGGGGCUCCCUGGACUCUCAUGUCCUACAUGAUUGAGGGCGGAGGCUCCAAAACGCAUGCAAAGGCCAAACGCUGGCUUUACACAGACCCCGCCAGCAGUCAUCGGCUUUUGGACCUUCUGACGACUGUUGUGAUUGAGCACUUGGUACAGCAGGUUGCUGCGGGAGCCCAAAUGCUUCAGGUGAGUCAGUGCCAACAUGUCUGGCUUCGGUGCUGUCUAACACUCGUCCUAUGCCCCCAGACUGUCUGCGCUCUUCGCAUUUGUUCCUAAAUCUAGCUCCUAUAGCCUGGUCCUACACUCUUCCCUUGUCAUACAUUUAGCAAACUCGGAAGGAUUAGCCAGGCUGCCAGGGGCAAGAGUACUUCUCUUCGCUUGCAGGCAACAUACAGUAAGCGACCGACCUCAUGAAAUGUUGGCGGGAAUUCUGAAAUGCGUUUUCGAUUAGGAAGGAUUGCAUAGGCGCGAUUGUAAUACUGAUUACUUUACGGCAAAAUCCUAUAAUAUUUCGGACUCGCCAGAAUGUCAGCUUUUGAAUGCAUUGCUUUUCAAUCUCCUGUAGAAACUGUAUCGGUAAAAAAUGACUACUUAAUUAGCAUGCAUUGUUCACACUGAUUCUCGGUAGUUUUGCAAAUUCAAAUAUAUUUUAUAGAAACCACAAACAAAAGUAUGCUUUCUUUCAGAGAAUCACGUCAUCUUUAUAUUUUAUACUCAAAGAGGGCGUAUAAUCAGGUUUUAAAAAAGUUUAUAAUUGCGCGAUUUUUAAGAUCAUACAGUGUCCAUUCACACAGAAUCGUACCUGUUCGCUUACCACUGCUCCUCAUGAAAUGCACAACAUGGUCCGCAUCCAUUACAAAAUUUUAUGAACUCCAUAUGGCAUCUUGUUAAAAUCAUAGAAGAAUAUGUGGUUUUCUUUACGCGGAACGCAUACACCUUGUGGGCUGUAAUUACUAAGCGAUAAUGCAACAACUGAUCAGGCUCCAAGUUAUUCGGCAAUUAGAAAACUUUUUAAAAACUUAAUUAUACGUCCUCUGUGAAUAAAAUAUAAGGAUGACGUGAUUCUCUAUCAAACGACUGAAAGAAAGCAUAUUUUUGUUUGUGGUUUCUAUAAAAUAUAUUUGAAUUUCCAAGACCAUCCAAAAUCAAUGGGAAAAAUGCAUGCUACUUAAGUCGUCAUUUUUUACCGAGCACGCUUUCUACAGGAGAUUGAAAAGCAGUGUAUUCAAAUGCUGACAUCCUGCUGAGUUGGAAAUAUUAUAGAAUUAUGACUCAGGCUAAUUAGUAUUACAACCGCGCCUAAGUAAUCCUUCCUAAUCGAAAACGCAUUUCAGAAUUUCAGCCAACAUUUCAUGAGAUUGGUCACUCACUGUAACCUGUCAACCACUGUGUUGUGGCUCAUGUGAGGUUUACUAGAAGAUGUAGAUUCGAGUGUAUGAGUUGGUGGGAAGAGCCCUCCCGCCUUGUGGUUGCGAACCCUGACGCCUACACUCUGCUGACGAACUAUGAAAUCCACUGUCUGACCCACAACACCACCACCACCACUGCCACUACCAACAGGGAGGCCUGGUGCAUCUGGUUUAGUGCCACCUCAGGACAUAUUUUGUCACUGAUAACAACGUGGGAACAACGGCUUCCUCUCCUUCUUUCAGGUCUUUGAGUCGCACGCGGGAGUCCUUUCGCCCCACCUCUUCUCCACCUUUGCGCUGCCUUGUUUAAGGCGGAUCUACCAGGAGACUCGAGAGAAACUGAUGACUGGGUAUGGCUUCACAAAGGAGACCUGUCCGCCCAUAGUCAUGUACGCAAAAGAUGGACACUUUGCCCUCGAGGCCCUGGCAGCAGUGGGGUUUGAGGUGAUCGGACUGGACUGGACCAGCGAUCCAAAAGCAGUCCGAAAGAUUGUCGGUGACAAAGUCACUCUCCAGGUAGGUGGCGUCAUGACCUUUGUCUCAAACCUCGUCCACUCUUUGCGUAUUCGACCCAAAUGUCCCUACUGCUCAUCCUUCCACGUUUUUGUCUGUGCAAGAUGUAAUGAGUCGUAAAAGCGAAAGUUACCCUGGUGCUGGGAUUUUGAGGGAAUUUGCACAAUUUGCAACUGAGCUCGGUGCGAACCCCGUGUAGGGGUUUAAGUCGAUGAGAUCUUGCGGAAAGACGCAACCUAUCGGGCUCCGAAAGGUCUUUAGCGAAUUCGAGAGUCUGAAGUGCGACCUACUGCAACAUGAAAAUCACAAGUCACCGUUAAAUUUGUUCUCACGCCGUUGUUUUCGACAGAAGAAUGUGUUUGAGGACACUCCGACGAGGGCACACAACUUUCCAGAACUCAUUGCAGUAUAUGUCUCUGCUUAAAUAGAUGCCAGAUCUUUGACCAUGACAUGUGGUCUUCCUUCGCGAGCGAGUACGUCAUAGGAGGUUGUUGUUGGAAAAAAAUCGGCCACGUUUUUUUCUAUUCUAAAAUUCGAAUUUAUCCCCAUAAUUAGGAUGUUUAUAUGACGGCCCUCCCCUACCAAACAGGUAGCGAAGUGCAAUCAACUUGUUAGUCUCCUAGUGCAUUUAGUUACCUCACUUGGUUAAAUGAGUGUUUCUUAGCGCUCUUUUUUCGCAUCCAACGUUUUCUGUGCCCCUUUAUGCUUCGAUUUUCGCCGCGGACAUCGGUUGUUUGUUAGAGCCGUCAUUGUCCACGAUUUACGUGUGAAACAGACUUAUUGAAUUAUUUACUAUUAUGGGGCAUGAUCCUCUAAUAUCUCGGCGUGUAGGAACCUGACUCGGUGAAAAAAUGACCACUUAAGUAGCAUGAUUUUCUCCCGUCGAUUUUUGACGCUCUUAUAAUUUUAAAUAUAUUUUGUAGAAAACUUCUUCAAAAGUACUUCUUUUUGCUAGCAAAUUACGUUCUCUUCAGAUUUUGUAGUCGAAUAAGUGAUACCUUUCAAUUUGCAAAGAAGUUUCUAAUUAUGCGAUUUUUAGGACCAUGCAAUGUCUAUUCAUACAGCGUAGUACCUGUCCGUUUAUUAAUGCUCAUCGUAAAGUAUACAACAUAGUACGCAUUUCUUGCAAAAUACUACGAGCUAUACAUGAUACAUAUGUUUCAAAAGAAAUAGAGGAAUAUACGAUUUUCCUUACGCGGAAGGUAUACACCUUGCAAACUGAAAUCGCUUGACGCUCACGCGAUGACUGAUCUAGCUCAAAAUUAUUCUGGGAUUGAAAAUUUUUUCGAAACCCAAAUAUACCCUUCUUUCUAGUAUAACUUGGGAAAACGACGUGAUUUACUACCAAACGAGUAAAAGGACGCACAUUUUUGUGCAUGUUUUUCUAUAAAAUUUGUGUGAAUUUAUAAGGAUAUCAAAAAUCGACGGAAAAAGUGCAAACUGCUUAAGUAGUCACUUUUCACCGAGUGCGCUUUUUCAGGCGGCCGAAAGGAAGUCCGAAAUAUCAUGGGAUUAUGCCGCAUGGUAAUCAUUACUACAAUCCCACUUAAGUAAUUCCUUCUACUCGAAAACACACUUAGGGAUUUCGGGUAACAUUUCUUGAGAUCGAUCAUUGACUGUACGUGGUGGGAGUGUCAUUUCAGUCUGGACCGCGCCGUAAAACACGACCGAAUUACGUCGUCAGUUGAUAACUUUAUUAGCCGCGGCUUUUAGUUCGUUCUGGUAGGUACAAGUUCGUCAGGUUCACUAUAAUGAGGAUUACGUUGAUUUACCAUGAAGAAGAGUAUGCCGGCAUCGGGCGCUCUCUCCCCAUCUCUCUUGCACACACACACCGGGAAGUUCCCUAAGCCUUUUAGUCGAUUGUCAAUGACAUUGGACGCAGUGUCUGGCGUAGCGUAGUCUUUGCUUAUCGUAUGCUACGCGGGUGCACGUACAGUAGGUGGGCUAACUCAUGAAAUGUCAACCGAAAUUGCAAAGUGCGUUUUCGUUUCAAAAAUAUUAAUCAAGUAAGGUUGUAAAACUAGUCAGCUUGCAACAUAAUUCAAUAAUAUUUCGGUUACCUCAGAAUGCCGGCUUUCGAAUUAACUUCCUCUGGCUGCAUGCGAAAAUAAUACUCUGUGUAAAAUGGCUACUUAAGUAGCAUGCAUUUUUAUCAUUGACUUUCAAUGCCCAAAAAAUUAAAUUAUAUUUCAUGUCAAACAUGCAUAAAAAUAUUGAUUCUUUUGCUCAUUCAGUAGAUAAUUACGUCUUCUUCCAAUCUUAUAGUCGAAGGAGGGGUACAAUUCGGUUUUCAGAAACUUUUCCAAUUUGCGAAAUGACAAUUUGUGAGAUUAUAAGCCUUCUUUCCAGAAUGAUAGCUGAUUUGCUGUUUUGGUUGAGCAGUUCAGAGUGGCGGGUUUCGUUGACAGUUUUAUUGCCUUAGGUGUGCUUUUCCGUGCUCAGCGAGUCUCGGUACUGAAACCCUUAUUCAGUACAGUAGGUGGGCUAACUCAUGAAAUGUCAACCGAAAUUGCAAAAUGCGUUUUCGUUUCAAAGAGAUUACUUAAGUAGGGUUGUAAAACUAAUCAUCUUGCAGCGUAAUUCUAAAACAAUUUGGUUACCCUGAGAUGUUGACUUUUGAACGAACUUCUUUCCGGCUGCAUGCAAGAAUAAUACUCCGUAUAAAAUGACUACUUAGGUAGCAUGCGUUUUUCUCAUUGAUUUUCACUGCCCCAAAAAAUUCAAUUAUAUUUCAUGGAAAACACGCAUAAAAAUAUUCCUUCUUCUACUCAUUCGGUAGAAAAUGACGUCUUUUUCCAAUUUUACACUCGAAGGAACGGCAUAAUUCGUUUUUUAAAAAGUUUCUAGUUGUGAGAUUUUUUAAUACCGUGAAGUGGCCGUUCAUAAAAUGUCAUGUCUCUGCAUUUACCAACGUGCCUUGUAAAGUUAACAAUAUGACUCCAAUUGACUGCCAAAUUUUAUGAACCCCAUAUGGUCUCCUAUUAAUACCGUAGGGGAAUGCAUGGUUUUCCGUACGCGGAAAAUAGACGGCUUGUAGUUUGGAAACCCCGAAUGCAAGUGUAACAUCAGGUCGGGUUCAAAAUUUUUCGGGACUUGGAAAAGUUUUUUAAAACCGAAUUAUAUCCUUCCUUCGAGUAGAAAAUCGGAAAAAGACGUCCUUUUCUACUAAAUAAGGGAAUGAAUAUUGUUAUGCGUGUUUUCCAUGAAAUAUAAUUGAAUUCCUAAGGGCAUCGAAAGUCAAUGAAAAAAAUGCAGGCCCAUUAUGUAGUCAUUUUUCACAGAGUAUAGUUUUUGCAUGCAACCGGAAAGACGUUCGUUCGAGCGCUGGCAUCUUGAGGUAACUGAAUUGUUUUAGAAUUACGCUGCAAGAUGAUUAGUUCUACAGCCCUACUUGAUUAAUCUUUUUGCAACGAAAACGCAUUUCUCAAUUUCGGUUGACAUUUCAUGAGUUAGCCCACUUACUGUAUAAAGAAGACAGAAGAAUUGGCAAAGGCCCACCGUAGAGCUAAUGCAUGCGGGGUGGAUGUCUGCACAUAUGACCGACCAGGUUCAUGCAAUGACUGCAUAUGUGAGGAUGGUAUGGGCUUUCGGUGAUUGCGGACAUUUUGACCACUAGAAGAAGAAAAUUGGCUCUCCGGAACAGGUUCCGGAGAGCCAAUUUUCUUCUUCUAAUAAUCUUCCCGGAUCUCUAAACUUUUCCAAUCUGAACAUUUUGACCACUCUUGUCGUGUGUGCGCAUACGACCGAAUUGACUCCUGCGGUGCAGUCUGUACAAGCAUGGCCUGAGAGACAAGUGUUGGCCGGGGCUCCAGGAACUGAUUCUUCAGUCGUAACGCAAUCAACUCACAGGUGACUGAUCAGGCCGGAGUGUGCCUAGAAUGUAUGCUUGCAAUGUUGACGAGUUGUCACCGUUGUUUUCUGGUGGUGUUGCUAAUGGUGUUUGGUGCGUCUUCUGUCCUGGGGACGUUCCUGUUGCGGUGAGUACGAAGAUGUCUGACCAGGGUAAGUCAGGAGGGAAACACGGCGUUUUAAUAUGGUAGUCGUUGAUCCCAUGGAGGUAGAGGGUGGCUUCUUGACGAGGUUGUUUCUGGUGGCGAAGACUACUCCACCAUCGCGGGACUCUUUGUGGUAGCCACUCCAGAAGAGGUUAUAACGUGCACUGACCUCGUUUAGCUGCCUUUUUUCCGAGGAGCAGGUCUCACUGAGCGUGACGAUGUCCACAUUUUUAGCAAGUCGAUUCUCGUGAGCCUUCUGUCCAGCUAGUUGACAUUUGGACUGCCUAAAAGAGAACGGACAAUCCAGGUGGCCAGAGCAAACGGGGCCACUGCCGGGAAGGGUAGGGAGGUGGAGACAGGGGUCCUUGUUUCGCCUGUUUUCUGGACUGCAUGCUUAGCCUCUUGGAACCACAGCCAGCCCCCAGACAGACAGGCUGCACCUCUUCGGGGUUUCCAUGAAGAGGAUUACUUAAACAUCUCGAGCGACUGCUGAGGUCUCCUGUGGGUCACAACCUUGGUUCAGUGGAUAAACGAACUGAAUUAGCCUGGACUGCAUUUCCUCCGCUCUGCGGGACCUUUCAAGUGAUGGGGAUUUUCACACAUUUAAAAUUACAAGAUAUUUGUCUAUACGUGCCACAACACGACUGACACAAGUCCACCAACUCAAUUGGACUUCGUCCACAGGCCCAGAGUGUAUGGAAGACCGCAUCGACUACCGUCAUUUGGUUUAACCUACCAGUUGAAGCCAUUACCGGGGUGUGGCUGAUCUUUGGAUCACAACUUCAUGUAGCUACACACGUAAGUUCAGUGCAAUUGAAGAGGCUCAUCGACCUUAUUGCCAUUGUAAAACAUCCUUUCUUUGGGGUAAAGUGAUUCCAUACUAACAGCACAGGUAGUAGCCAAAAGCCAAUGCACGCGUGUUUCGCCGAUAUUCUGCCGCUGCAUGACACAGCUGUAAGGGAUUUGGCUCGUCAGUGGGUCCCCCAGCAUUUCCUGUCUGCUUUCUGGCAGAUACUCCAAUUUUGAAAUUGUUUCUUUUUUAUUUCCCUAGAAAUUAAGUGCGAACUUGCAGUAGAUCAGUAAAUCAGAAUAUUUGGGCCGAAGUCCAUCAGCCACAGCGGAUAACCGCGUAAUAUUCACUAACUGCCGACAGGCAACUAGUAGUGUACUUUAGGGUAAGGCGAUACCAUACUAACAGUACAAGUAUUAGCCAAAGGCCCAUACACGGUUUGAGCCUAUAGAUGUUGGAUAAACUGACCCACUCCAACUUCGUAGAUAAUUUCUGAGGAAAUUAAAAAGCAACAGUGUUUUCACUGUCACAACAUCCAGUGCCCCCUGUUGCUGUGGGCACGCACAUGACAGAUGGGCCGUCUAUUUCGACGGUGUCCAUUUCGUGUGCUCCACAGCAGAAUGACAGCGGGGACGGGGACUUGAAGGUGAAUUACAGUAGGUGGACUAACUCAUAAAAUGUCAACCGAAAUUCCGAAAUGCGUCUUCGCUUCGAAAAGAUUAAUUAAGUAAGGUUGUAAAACUAGUCAGCCUGCAACAUAAUUCUAUAAUAUUUCAGUUUCUUCAGGAUGCCGGUUUUCAAACAAACUUCUGUUCGGCUGUACGCAGGAACAACACUGUAAAAAUGAUUACUUACGUAGCAUGCAUUUUUUAUCAUUGAUUUUCGAUGCCCUUAAACAUUCAAUUCUAUUUCACGGAAAACAUGCAUAAAAGUAUUCAUUAUUUUGCUCAUCCGGUAGAUAACUACGUUCCCUUCUAAUUUUAACCUCGAAGGAGGGACAUAAUUCGGUUUUCAAUUCCCGAAUAAUUUUGAAGUCGCUCUAUUGUUACACUUAUAUUCAGGGUUCCCAAACUACAAGCCGUAUAUUUUUCGCGUACGGAAAACCACAUACUUUUCUACAGUAAUAAAUGGAGACUAUAUAGGGUUCAUAAAAUUUAGCAGUGGAUUUGAUCCAUAUCGUUAACUUUACACAAGCCACAUUGAAAAUGCAGAAACAUGACGUUUUAUGAACGGCCAUUUCUCGGUAUUUAAGUCCCACAAUUGGAAACUUUUUCAAACCGAAUCAUGUCCCUCCUUCGAUUAUAAAAUUAGAAGAAGACGUAAUUUUCUACCGAAUGAUCAAUAGAAUGAAUAUUUUUAUGCAUGUUUUCCGCGAAAUAUAAUUGGACUUUUAGGGGCAUCAACAAUCAAUGAGAAAAAUGCACGCUACGUGAGUAGUCAUUUUUUUUACAGAGUGUAGUUCCUGCGUACAGCCGAAAAGAGGAUUGUUUGAAAGCCGGCAUCCUGAGGCAACUGAAAUAUCAUAGUUAUGUUGCAGGCCGACUAGUUUUACAACGCUGUUUAAUUAAUCUUUUCGAAACGAAGACGUAUUUCGGAAUUUCGGUUGACAUUUCACGAGUCAGCCCACUUACAGCUUGUAGAAAUAGUAGACUUGUGCAGUAUCUGCCGCACUCUACUCCUCCACUUCAAUCCGGUGCCAAGACAGAGCCAAGAAGACGGGAGACAGGAAAGAGCGCAGGCGUCUAGCGCGGCGUGAACCCGCACCUAGACGCGCCAUCACACUCCCUGGUCCACAGCAUACACUGAUCAAGAUUUCACAAAACAGCAACAACAAUUGUGGGGAGGUAGCAUGGAUCCUCCCCGGCGUUACGUGGACCGGUAGGUGGGUCUACCACCAUCCCCCCCCCAUUGUUGUUGAUGACCGUCUUUACUCGCGACGGUGGUGAGGGCUCAGGCUUACCAGUGGUUACGGCUGCAUCACCUGCAGCGUGUGUGGACUCCCGAUUCGCAGCUGUUGGAAGUACAAACGCCUCACGGAUAGGCCAGCCGGUGUAGUCGGUUAUUGUUGGCGCGAGUUGCACUGACUGGUUGUGCAGUUUUUAGAAAGGAUUUCGCCCUCCAGUCAUUGCUCAACUUCGGUGGGUUGUGUGCGCAGUCGCCUACGAAGCGCUGUGGGUUGAGUAAUAUUAUCCAGACCUUGCCACUGCUACCGUUUAUUGGAGUUUUUUUGGAGAGAGGAAGGGUUAGGGGUGGAAGGCCGGGUCACGCAAGUCCUGGUGUGGGAUGCCUGUCGUCACCCCUGGUUGAAUUAUAUACGUUGUCAUUUCUUUACCCCAAUAUCUUAUUAGACGAUUGAUUAUUGUCGGAUCAUCUGUUGACGAAACCUUAGCUUUCAUCCCUCGGGGUCGGCUUUAGGUCUCUCUACUACGCUUAGAGCUACUUAUAUCGACCCUUUGCAGGAUAUUCUGUGUGAACAUAACGCUACUAAAAAAAGUACCCGAUAAAACAGUUCUGUUGAAUGGCUCAAUUUAUUUCCUUUUUCUAGGGCAAUCUUGAUCCCUGUGCGCUCUACUCACCUCUUGAUGAUCUCACCUCCCGCGUUCGUGAGAUGAUGACCUCCUUUGAGGGUGCACCGCACAUCGCCAACCUCGGCCACGGCAUCUACCCGGACGUUGAACCAGAGAAGGUUGCCGCUUUUGUGGAUCUCGUCCACCAGCUCUCUGCCAAGCCCACCUAA